AUGGCCCGCAUCAAGCAGGGUGUUUUUUCCUGGGAAGAUGUGCUCGCCCAGCGAUACCAGAGUAAUAAACCGCCUUCCCUUCCACGCCGUCGCCGCACCAGCCCCACGCCCCAGCCACAGCCCCAAUGCCGCCUGCUCUCGCAACUCUCCCCCGAGCUGCGCCUGAUGAUCUGGGAACUGGCCCUGGGCGGCCUUCGUCUCCACAUCAUUCAGCGCAGCCCCCAGCGCCUGGGCCACAUCGUCUGUCCGCUCAGCACGGCCACGGCAGAGCAGCCGCGGACCCGGCGUGCGGGGGAAGUCUUCUGCGAGAUCUGCAAUGGCGGGGGGAUCCCCCAGCCCGCAAGGGAAGGAGACCUGGCGCGCGCGGGACGAGACGCCGACGGCAAUCUCCUCGCGCUAGCAUUGACCUGCCGACAAAUAUCGCUCGAGUCUACCCGCCUGCUGUAUACUCUCAACACCUUCGAGUUCAGCACCCCCUGGACCCUACCGUAUCUGCGCCCUACGCUCCCACUGGAAUACUGGGAGGGCAUCCGGUCUGUCGAGCUGCGCUGGGCGUUUCCAGGCCACUGGCUGCCGACGAAAGAUCCCGUUCGCACGGUGUAUGUCUCCGCCGGACGUGCGCAGUGGGUCGAGACUUGUCGCGCCUUGAUGAGACUGCCAGCAUUGCAGUCGUUCGUGCUGGUGCUGGGUAGUAGCUGGUUCAGUGAGCCGGCCGAGAAAUUGCCCGUUUUCCUGGAGCCGCUGCGGGGAUUACGGGUUCAGCGUCCGCGGAGAUGCGGAUGGGAGAAGCUGCCAUUGCACACUGGCUCUGGCUCUGGCUCUGGCUCUGGCUCUGAGCUGCGGGGCAGUUCAGGGUCCAGUGCGAGUAUAACGAGAAUACGUGCCGAGACGAUCGGUCUGCGCUCCCCAGUCUCAUGCGUCUGUGUUCGCCCCUUGGUGUCGACUGGCGUGGUGACAGAUGGAGUCUCGUCACGCACACUACCAAUGAAAGAGGAGGCGCGGCCGACGUGGGAAUUGCGAUUGCAGGGUCAACCGUAUUAUCUGCACGAGCUGGGUCGUGUCGGGGGUGAUCUUCGGCGGAGGGGGAUCGACUGUGCCAUCUCCAUGAAGUGA